AUGCAGACUCUCCGCCAGCCCCGAAGCGACACAGACGAGCAACAAGACAUUGGAAUUUCCCUGGCCUGUCUGAGAUGCCGGAAGCGCAAGAUCAAGUGUGAUCGCAAAAACCCUUGCGCAAAAUGCCGCCAGGCUGGUGCCGAGUGCGAUCGCGGACCCGGCGAAAAAUUAAGACCAACGCCCAAGAGCUAUGUCCAAGCACUCGAGAGUCAAGUGGCCUCGCUGGAAAUUCUGCUCCGUGCAGUUGCAGACGCCGACAAUGAUCAGCGCGCGAGCAUGCUCGCAGAAUACGGAUCUGACACGACAGCGUCCGCUCUGCCAUCACUAGAACCAACAAUCGGCGUCAGACCAUUGGAAAAUUCAGACACGAGAGACGGUGACCUGGCUCGGGCAAGGGCAAAGAUGGGCCAGCUUCGUAGGCUGGUUGGAGGCGGAGCCGCUCAGUUCUAUGGUGGCACCAGUCUUCUCCAGAUAUCCCUCUCUGGAGAAUCACAACAACAACCCGACUCGACCGAAACGCGGUCGACCAGUCAAGAUACCAGUGAUAUUGAAUCCCAGGCGGCAUAUUCAUCAGCAGGUGGCAGUCUUGGCUCCCCAUCUGCUCAAAUGUGCUACUAUGAACCCCACAACGCCGUUGCGCAAGAGUUGAUGGUGGCCUUUUUCAAGCAUCAGUAUCCGUUCAACAUGUCAAUACACCGUGAGUACUUUAUAAGAGAAUACCACGAGUUUACAGGACGACGCUACUCCGACGUGCUGAUCUGUGCGAUCUGUGCCACUGGCGCUCUCGCUACCGACGACGUUGCAAAGAGAUCACUAGCCGAAGUCUACUUGCAACGAGGACAACAGCUCGUACAAGCCUCACUGGAUCAUCCCGACAUCACGCUUUUACAGGCAUUGUUACUCCUGGGCCAGUGCGAAAUAGGGCGGGGACGCACCUCUCGAGGAUGGCUGCUAUGCGGAAUGGCUUUUCGGCUGACCCACGAGAUGGGCCUGCACCUUGACCCUUCCAACUGGGUUGUUACUCCUGCCGCCAGUGCUGCCACAUUAGACAAUGAAGGAGAAGAAGACAUUGACCGCGAAAUAUUUCGCCGCGUGUACUGGGCGGCCUUUGCCCUCGACAAACAGCUCAGUCUCUUCUUUGGCCGCCCGCCAGCCUUACAUACAUAUGAGUCAGAUGUGCGCAACCCCGUGAGACUGCCUUACCCGCCCAACUGGAAAUCGCUUCUGGAUUCCUGCGGCAUUCACGACAACUCGGUCGAAGAUGGUGUCACCCACGUGGAGGCAUUCAUACACCAGGCUGAGCUGUCCAAGAUUUUGCAUCGCAUGAUUACUGGGCUGUUUGAAAACCGCAGGUCCAACCCUGAUGAUGCCAUGGUUGUUGCCAUGGUGCAACAGAUCAACGUCUCCUUGAAUAGGUGGCUUAUGACACUACCAAGCCGGUUGCACUGGAAUCAGUGGUCCAUUGGACAGAUUCCAGCAAGCGUCAUCCAUCUUCACUUCCUCUUCCACACGGCCAUGAUCACGCUCCACAGACCUCCUCGUAACCUCUGGAGCAAGCCGGGCGUAUCGACGAGUGACGACGUUGAAAUAUGCUACGAGUCUGCAACAGCAAUUUUGCGGCUCAUUCGAUCAUAUAAAAAGUAUUACCAACUUUGUUUCCUGCCGCUCGACUUUGCCUAUACCUUAUCGACGACUGCCGGUGUCGUUUUAAUGAGGCGGCACUUCGAGAACCUGGCUUGGGACCAUCCCGACAUUGCUCGCCAACUCAGCCAGCUUCUGCAAGCCAUGGAUGAGAUCAAGGGAGUUUGGCCUUGUAUCGUGGAGGUUAAAGAUAGCAUUCUCCGUGCCCGUGAUAAACAAGGCAUGAUAACUGCUCAGCCCAAUGCAAGUCAAAAUUCAUAUUUUAUUCCACACUUCUUUAAUAUAAACGAUUAUUCGUAA